AUGUCCGACCACCAGUACAAGUUUAAUGUGUCCAUGAGCUGCGGCGGCUGCUCCGGUGCCGUCGAGCGCAUUCUCAAGAGACUUGAAGGUGUCAAAUCCUUCGACGUCAGCCUCGAAACCCAGACGGCAACCGUUUCCACCGAGCCUACUGUUUCCUAUGAUACCGUGCUGGCCGCAAUCAAGAAGACGGGCAAGACUGUGAACAGCGGCGAAGCGGAUGGCGAGACUAAGAGUGUUUAA